AUGGAGAUAGAAGACCAAGCUCAGAGAAAUGACAGUCACAUCGUCAACAUCUUGGGUAUCUUCAGCAUCAACGUUGAAUCAUCAUCAUCAUCACCGGUUGUCUCAGAUACCAAAUCGAUCCUCAAAUUGUCUUCUUCACAUGGGUUCGUAUCAAAUUUAGCCGACGAGGACGAGGACAAAGAUGUCGGAGUCUUUGAUCGGAGGAGAUUGUUAAGGUGUGGAAAGAGUUGUAGGCUGAGGUGGACAAACUAUCUUAGGCCAGACCUGAAGAGGGGUCUCUUAUCAGAAUAUGAAGAGAAGAUGGUUAUUGAUCUCCAUGCUCAACUUGGAAACAGAUGGUCCAAGAUUGCUUCUCAUCUCCCUGGAAGAACUGAUAAUGAGAUCAAAAACCACUGGAAUACCCACAUCAAGAAAAAGCUGAGAAAGAUGGGGAUAGAUCCUCUCACCCACAAGCCACUUCCUACUACUCCAACUCAUGAUCAUCAAUUCCAACAACAACCACACGAUCAACAACAGGAACAAUCACUACCAGAGCCAGUGCCAUCUCUAUCUGAAGUGGGUCAAAACAAGGAAAUAGAGACGAUAUUAUUUGAGUCAUCCAUUACUGACACUGAGGCCAAAGAGGAAGGCCCAUUUAACUCUAUGGAAGUCAAUAAUGGCUUUUCCACAGAUGAAGUCCCACUGAUUGAACCCCAUGAAAUUAAUCUUGUACCUUGUGUUCCCUCAGUCCCACUGAUUGAACCCCAUGAUAUUAACCUUGUACCUUGUGUUCCUUCAUCAUCAUCA